GCUGGCGCGGGCGGCGGAUCGCCAAAUGGGCCCAGACCCGGAAGGAGCAGACGCUUUGGCGCAGGGCGUGCGGAGGUCUCCGGGGCCGCGGAGAGUGGCCUGCGGCCUUGUUUUUCGGGGACGGAGGCUUAGGGCUGGACGGGCGUCGCUCUGAGGUUAGGAAGUCGCAGACCUCUCCCUGUACGCGGCCCCGCUUACCCGCGCACCAUCCUCUUUGGGGCCGGACACCUCGGCCCAGCCCAGACCCAACCCGUCGUCACCCCCGACAGCGGGGACUAGGGGGGCGCUGCAGCCACCUGCGGGUAAGAGGAGACCCGAGGCCGGGCUGCGCCUCUCGGUCGGGGCCUGUUUGCCGAGCCAGCGGUCUAAACUCCAGAACAGUGGUUGAAGGCUGGGGGUGGGUCUCAGGCCGGGGUUGGAAUUUCGCCUCUGCUCCAGGCUGGCCGCACAACAAGUUUGGGCCAGGCUUUUGCCCCUCUGAACCUCAGUUCUAUCUGCAACGUGGAAUUGAUGAUGGUACUUACAGAGCUGUGGAAAGGAUUAAACGGGAUAGUGAUGCAAGUAAAUUGUUUGCAUACACACACAGGUCCUGGCAUGUAAUAAGCGCUUAGCGGGCGACAGUGAUUGCUGCUAUUAUCCAGGCUUUCAUCUGAGUGAUACAGUCGUUACUGGGGCGAUGUAGAUCCUCGACCUACCCCUCGUUGUUCUGUUAUCUUUGCCAUGUUGUCCCGUCGCAUAUAUUCAUUUCUCUUUACUAAGCACCCCGCAACUCACCGAUUUCUAUGGGGGAUGGGGGUGGGGGAAGCAUAGACGAUGUAGAGAUGCCUCAGUCAUGUCCCUGCCCUUUUCCAAUCCGUUAGUUGUCUGUAACAGGCUCUAGAAAUACAGUCUGGCCGGGGAGGCAGACAUGUAAACGGACUUUACAGCCAGUGCUAGGGAGACCUAGGGGUGGAGCGGAGCAGCCAACUCUGUCAAAGAGAAGUGGUGUGAAAGCUUCACACUUGAGCUCGAUUGGGAAGGAUGAAUAAGCUUUACAGGCAAUGUGUGCAAAGAGUCAAAAGUGGUGCAUGGAAUGGGAGUGGCAGGAGAAAGCAGGAAUGGGUACUAGUUAGGACUAGCUUCUGGAAGGUGUUGAGUACACUGGAGGAAUCUCUGCUGCUGUCUAAAGAAUGGAUUGGAGGGAAUUCCCCAGCGGUCCGAUGGUUAGGACUCCGUGCUGUCACUGUGAGGGCCAGGGUUCAGUCCCUGGCGGGGGAACUAAGAUCCCACAAACGGCGCGGCCAAAAGUAAAAUAAAUAAAAUAAAUAAGAAUGGAUUGGAGAGGAGCAAUGCUGCAUGUAGGAAAAACUAGUGGAGAGACUGUUAGAUUCUUGAGGGAGGUGGGGGAGAGUGGUAGAAAUUAUGAGAUCUGAACUAAAUCGAUAACCGGAAACGGGGAAGAGUUGUAGAGACUGUUGGAAGUAGAAUGAACAGGCCUUUGGAUCUUAGAAUUAAUCAAGGAUAAUGUGAUUUUUUCACGUUUUGAAGACCAUGUAGAUCAUAAUGCCAUCAACUGAAUUAUGCACUUAGACACUUGUUAAACACAAAAUAAUUGGGAAAUGAGAUGGGCUACAUGUUAAGGUGAGUAUUUCUAGAGAUGAAUUCUGUAGAAAUUGAGAACAGGGGGUGAUGAGCUGUGCAGAUGUUCUCUGGAGGAGGUGGGUGAGGCGGGGUUGGACUGGGCCUUCUCAGGCAGGUAGAAUUUCAUGGGGCAAAGAGGGGCAGUUCAAAGAGAUUAGGAAGCACAAGGCCGAUGCUGGGGUAGUAAAUCCCCAGCAAGACUGGGACUGAAACGUGGAGAACAGAUCACCUCCUUUUCCUGUUUUCAGGGUUCUCCACCCAGGAUGACUUCUAGAUCAGAGACUGUAGAAGAUACUUAGCUGUGAUGGGAUUGAUUCUGUAUUUUGACUUUUUUAUAACAAGUGCUAGAAGAGGAACCAGUGGCAUCUAAGACUCAUGAUCAUCAAUUGGAAUCAGAUCCCAACCCUGCGGAAGCGUGUGGUAAUUCGUCCACCUCCCUGGAGAUGACUGAAGGCGUUUCAAAGAAACAGAUUCACCUUGGCUCUAGCCCUAAAAAGGGGGAAAGUUGUGAUCCCAGCCACCAGGAAGGACUUCAAUCCAGGUCCCUUUAUUUGUCCCCCAAAGAACAGUGUGCCCGUCAUCAAGACAGGAGGCAAUCCUGGCGGCGAGCAAGUAUGAAAGAAACGAACCGGCGGAAGUCACUGCCUCCCUUUCAUCAGGGCAUCACAGAGCUCUGCAGAUCCAUCAGUGUCAACAUAGCAGAAAGCAAACGGCUGGGCUGUCUCCUGCUUUCCAGUUUCCAGUUCUCUGUUCAGAAACUUGAACCUUUCCUAAGGGGCACUGAGGGCUUCAGUCUUGAAAAUUUUAGAGCCAAAGCAUCUUCUCUUUCUGAAGAAUUGAAACAUUUUGCAGACAGACUGGAAAGUGAUGGAACUCUACAAAAAUGUUUUGAAGAUUCAGAAGGAAGAGCACCAGAUUUGUCUCUGGAAACAUCAGUGGCUGAGAUGAAGGAAUAUAUAACAAAGUUUUCUUUAGAACGUCAGAGUUGGGAUCAGCUCUUGCUGCGCUACCAGGAGGAGGCUGAAGAGAUCAUAUCCAGAGGAUCAACUGAAACCAAAAAUACUGAAGUGGAAGUGGAACCUACAGCAUAUCUUGGGUCUUCCCAGAGUGAAGUCCUUAAUACAAAGCCUGACUACCAGAAAAUAUUACAGAACCAGAAUAAAGUCUUUGAUUGUAUGGAGUUGGUGAUGGACGAACUGCAAGGAUCCAUGAAGCAGCUGCACGCCUUUAUGGAGGAAAGUACCCAGUGCCUCCAGAAGGUGUCAGUACAGCUCGGGAAGAGAAGCACGCAACAAUUAGAUCCUUCACCAGCUCGAAAACUGCUCAAGCUUCAGCUGCGGAAGCAACCUAGCACACGUUGCUCUAAAUCUUGUCAGUGACCUUAUGCAGCUUUUCUGCCACAGGAUGCUCCAGAGGAGAGAAACAGGAAGAGUGCCCCAGUGCACGGCAGCUGCACAACGGGCUAAGCUGUGACAUCUGUCCUGUUGCCUUUGAAGAUAACUGGCUGACUAUAAAGCACUUCGAUUUUUUUCUUAAAAUGAUGGAAUUUAUGCAUCUGAAAGAAUGUCAUAUAGAAACUUUUUCCACGAAUGUGCAAAAUGCUUGAGACUUCUGCUUUGGAAUGACCUUCAGAACUAGUGGCCCAUUCUUUUAAAGGUCCUUUGUGAUCAGAAACCUUCCUCUCGUGAAGAUGUUUUUCAGGUUUUGAAACAACGCCAAGUCAUUCAGGGCUGAAUCCAACAAACAUUUUAGGGGUCGUCCUGGUUGUAAAGGGAAUGAGACUGAUGCCUAGUGUGGCUUCGAAGGUGAUUUUAGGUAGAGGAGUUGUGAGCAUUGCUAGCAUCGUGUGGAUACAUAAAUCACAUCACAACAUGUCCAGAUUGAAGGAGGUUCCACUCAUUCUCUGUAUCCUGAUGUCUGUAGUGUGCUUUAGCUUUUAAUAUUGAGUCGACAUCCUAAAUCCUGGAUUCAUGGCAAGAAGGGGUUAAGUACCUCUUUUCAUCGUUCUCCAUAUUUGUUAAUAAUCUGCAGUAUAAGAUGGCGCAUACUUAAAAGCUUUCCCUUGUCUCUGUGUAUAUUUUGAGUGUAUAAAAAAUGAAAAGGCAGGGAAGGCUCAGCAGAAAAUAGGAUUCUUUGCCAGGAUCUGGAAGUGAACAGUAGUGUGGAGAUACGCCUCAGCAUUAACUACCAGUAAAACACCAGCUAAUUUAUUGUUAGUGUCUCGUAUUCUCUGAUCCUCCUAUCAGAACAAAAUCCAUUUCACUUAAAUACCCAGUCAUUAUCCUAAGUCUUAAGCCUUCGCCUAAGCACCAGUUAGUGAGAGGUGAUAUCUCCUUGCUUUGACCUACAUUCCUUAUUCUUUCAUAGAUUUGCAGAGCCCCUGCUGUAUGCCACACACAGUUGCAGGAACUGGGAAGAGAGCAAAGAACAAAAACAGACCUGGGACCUCCUUUCAUGAUGCUCACAGUCUAGUGGGGACAAGGGAACAAGAAGACACGGAACAAGAAGAGAGCCCUUUUCCACAGAAGUGAUGUUUUAGUUAACUUGGGUAGGAGAAAGGAGUUAAAUAGGGCAGUUAUUUGAGGUAAAAGGAGCAGCAUUUACAAAGGUCUGAGGGGAGAGAGAAAAGUGUAAGAGCCAUGUGAGACAAAGAUAAUCGAAAGUCAUUGGAAGGUUUUGAGAGAGAGAGAGAAAGGGUCAGAGCUUUAUUUUUAAAAGAUCAGGGACUUCCCUGGUGGUCCAGUGGUUAAGACUCUGCACUUCCACUGCAGGGGGCGUGGGUUCAGUCCCCGGUCAGGGAAUUAAGAUUUUGCAUGCCACACGGCAGCAGCCAAAAAAAAUCACUCCAGUUGCUGUUUGGAGAACACACAGAAGCAAGUAUGUGUGGGUGUGAGAGACCAGUUGGGCUAUUGUAGUCAUCAGGUGGGGAAUGACAACCUGUGCUGGGAGUUGGCAAUGGAUGAAUGUGGGGAGUCGUCCACAGUGUCUGGAACAUAGCAGGCAUGUCACCUACGUGUUACAAACGCCUAACUGCCACGUAUUAACUGACCGAGAAAAAGUUAUUUAACCUCUUAUUUGUAAGAUUGGGGGAAUGAUAGAAUCUAUAUCACAGGGAUGCUAUAAGGGUUAGAUUAAAUAAUGUAAGUUUAGAACAGUGGUAUGAAUAUGAUGGAGGGGGUGGGUAAUAGAGCAGAUAAUGAGAUGGGAAAGCUUGCAGUUCAGUUUGGGAUGCCAAACAUGUCAACUAGAACUGUUGGAUAUACAGGUGGAAAACUGGGUAGGAAAACCUGGACUAGAAAUAAAAUUUGGAAGUUACUGAUACCCAGUUAUUAAAGCCUUAAGAGUAGAUAAUAUUGUCCAGAGUAGAGCAAGAAGGGAAACUGGACAGACCCGAGGAAAGCUUUUAAGAAUCAGAGGAGUGGUGUUAAUUGCCUACUCUCAGAAGCAGAAUAGUAUAGUGGAAAGAGUGUAGAAUUUGGAGUGAAUCUUCAUCCUUAUCCUCAAUUUCCUUUCUGUGAAAUGGGGAGAGAUCACCUCUCUCCAAAGGUGAUUGAACCUCCCCAGUCCCAUUUUAUCUACUGCAUUGUAUUACAUCUUUUGUUGAUAAGAAUUUGUUUAAGCCCAAGGAUAGGAAGUAUGUUUUUGUGUCUUCAACAGCUAUGCAAGAUAGAGCACAGAAAAAGAAUAUUUAAUAAGCUCUGAGUAUUCUAUACACAUACAGACCCAACUUUAUGAGAUAACUUCUAUUUCUGUCAUUAUAGAUGAGGAACUCAGGCAUGGAGGGGCUUAAUAAUCUAACCAAGAACAUAUAUAUAGGAGUGGAGGGUCAACUAGACCCCAUGUGGCACUCAGUAAAUGUUAACAAAUAAACACAAAUCAUAAUAAAAGGCUGUGCUCAGUAUUAGUUUUCCCUCUCCCCAAAUUUGGUUCAGGAAUUGCACUUGAUGAAUACUAUAGACAGUUGCAGCCCUUUAGAUGUUUGGUAAUAUUCUUCCGUUUGCCCUACUUUAGUUACUAAAGAGAAUAUCUUGCUUUUAGUCAGUGAUACUUAACACUGAAGAAAUAAUAGAUCACAUUAUAAGCUCUUUCAAGGAAGGGAGUAUGUCCUGUACAUUUUGGUGUUUUUUAAAUUUGGGUGUAAUUAAGCUUAAUGUAAUCAUUCUGGGGGAAAAAAAUUCCAUUUCUCAUGUUGCACUCUAAAAAGGAGAUGGUGUGGCUGGUGGCUGUAGUAGAGGUGAUACAGUGGAGGACUAGGAAUUAGGAGCCCUGUCUUGGAUUCUAGGGUUUUUUUUUAACUUGUAUUGGAGUAGAGUUGAUUUACAAUGUUGUGUUAGUUUCUGCUGUACAGCACAGUGAAUCAGUUAUACAUAUACAUAUAUACACUUCUUUAGAUUAUUUUCCUAUAUAGGUCAUUACAGAGUAUUGCGUAGAGUUCCCCGUCCUAUAUCUAGUUCUUAAGUUACUGGUUCAUUCACCAAAAACUUACUAAGCCCUUUCCUCAUGCCAAACCCUGUGCUAGGUGCCAUGUGACCUUGGGUACAUCUCAGGGCCCACAUCAAAGGAGGAUGCUGUGCCUUGUAAAGCAGGGGUCCCUAACCCACAGGCUGUGGACCAGUACCGCCUGAACCAUCCUCACCCCCCAGCCCCCCACUGUCCAUGGAAAAAAUUGUCUUCAAUGAAACCAGUCCCUGGUACCUAAAAGGUUGGGGCCUGCUGCUGUAAAGAGCUCUUAGGGGCUUCCUAAGGAUGCAACUCGGCAGAACGGGAGAAGCCAGCCAGACACAGCACUCAACUCCCCUCCCUCUGAGCAGUUCUAGUUUAAGGUUCUCCAGGGAGACUCCACAGCAAGAAAACUACAGUACUCCCCCCCUUAACCAAGGGGGAUACGUUCCAGGACCCCAGUGGAUGCCUGAAACUGCAGAUAGUACCAAACCCGAUACGUGCUAAGUUUUUUCCUAUAUAUACACACCUACAAUAAAGUUAAUUUAUAAAUUAGGCAUAUUAAGAGAUUAACGGCAACAAUAACAAAACAGAACAAUCAUAACAAUAUACUGCAAUAAAAAUUUUUUUUUUAAUUCAAAAAAAUUUUUGACUGCACCAUGCGGCAUGUGGGAUCCUAGUUCCCCAACCAGGGAUCGAACCUGUACCCCCUGCAUUGAAAGUGUGGAUUCUUAACCACUGGACUGCCAGGGAAGUCCCCUGUAAUAAAAUUUAAGUGAAUGUGGUCUCACUCUCAAAA